AUGAGUAACGCACACGAUUCUGUCUCCAAGCAAAUGGAUGUCCAAACUGACAUUAUCACUUUGACUAGGUUUAUCUUGCAAGAGCAACAAAAAUUAGCUCCCAAUGCCACUGGUGAAUUGAGUUUGUUGUUGAAUUCUUUGCAAUUUGCAUUCAAGUUUAUCGCUCACAACAUCAGAAGGGCCGAAUUGGUUAACUUGCUUGGUGUUUCCGGUACAGCCAACACAACUGGUGAUGUUCAAAAGAAGCUUGAUGUUAUUGGCGAUGAAAUCUUUAUCAAUGCCAUGAAGAGUUCGGGAAAUGUCAAGGUGCUUGUUUCUGAAGAACAAGAAGAUUUAAUCAUUUUCCCAGGGGGUGGUCGCUACGCCGUCUGUACUGAUCCUAUUGAUGGGCUGUCCAACAUUGAUGCCGGUGUCUCAGUUGGUACCAUCUUUGGUGUAUACAGAAUCCCAGAAAACUCACCUGGAUCAAUCAGCGAUGUUCUCAAAAGAGGAACUGAACUAGUUUGUGCUGGUUACACAAUGUACGGUGCGUCGGCUCACUUGAUGUUGACUACUGGAGAUGGGGUCAAUGGGUUCACCUUGGACACUCAAUUGGGUGAGUUUAUUCUCACUCAACCAAACUUGCGUAUCCCUGAAUCAAGAGCCAUUUAUUCAGUCAAUGAAGGUAACUCAUACUACUGGCCUGAUUACAUCAAGCAAUAUUUUGAAGAUUUGAAAAAACCUCAAGAGAAUGGAAAGCCAUAUUCCGCUAGAUACAUUGGAUCUAUGGUUGCUGAUAUCCACAGAACUUUGUUGUAUGGUGGUAUUUUUGCUUAUCCAGGAGACAGCAAGUCCAAAAACGGAAAAUUGAGAAUUCUCUACGAAGGUUUCCCAAUGGCAUAUUUGUUGGAACAGGCUGGUGGUAAAGCCGUUAAUGAUAGGGGAGAAAGAAUCUUGGAGAUUUUGCCAAAGGGUAUCCAUGAUAAAUCCAGUAUUUGGUUAGGAUCUAAGAAAGAAGUUGAAAAAUUUGAAUCUUACAUUCCUAAAUAG